GAGAGAGAGAGAAUGGAGGAUUUCGCGAAGAAGGUGAGAAUAGAGGAGAGUACGGACAUGGAAGAGGAAACCGGACGUUGUGAGUCGUCCUCAUCCGUUGUGCAUUUGCUUCGGAAGUUUCUUGCCAUUCAGCAGCGUCGAGCCGAAGCUUACUCCAAGCUCAAAAGUGGGUUUUCGGACUACAUGGUUUCGGGAGGGGAAUUGGCAUACCAGCAACUUUGCGGUGAGAUAACCGUCGAAUUCAACGAUUGCUCUAAACAGGUUCUGGAAAUGGAGGCUUUGUUUAAGAAGCCCGAUUAUAGUCGGCUUGAUCUGGCUCAACUUUUAAGAGCUGUUCAAGAUCAGGAAAAGCAGAAGUUGAAUCUGACAGCUACAAUACAGGUAUUAAAGAAGGCUGGUCGCCCAUCGGAACGUUUAGUGAGUCAUGAAAAUUGCAGAUUUAAGAAACCAAUGGAGCAUGAGUGUGUGCACGUCCAUGAAAUAACAGAAGCUGCUGGAACUGAAGAGGCAGAAGCAGAUGCUGAGUAUGAUAAUGCUCUCAACGAGGCGAUUAGAGGAGUACAGGAUACUGUGACUGCUAUAAAUGAGCAUUUGGAAGAGAUCAGAUAUGAAAUUGCUGCCCUUGAAUCUGAGUGAAUUAAAAUCCUCAUUAACCGUAGAUUGCUUGGCAAGAAAGUCUCAUGGAAGUUCACAAAAGUGUGUGUGGAGCAAGAAACAAAAUAUCAAUUGGGUAAAAAAUGAAAAAUGGUAAUUUAUAGUGGUUUGGUUGAAAUCCAGGUGUGAGAUCUGCUACUUGGUAACAUGUACGUAAGUCAUAGAUUCUCAAGUACUAGUCAGGCCAACCGAUUGAAUUUACUGCAAUAUGUUUGCUGUCGGAGCAAUACUAUGGGCACCAACUCAUGUUAUGGGAAAUACUUUCUUGCUAGCUUCGUUUUGCUCAUUUGAUUCGAUC